AUGACCAUGUAUGCCAACCACCCCGAUGUCGACUUUUCAUUUCCUGACGUUAUCUACUCAAACACACGGUGUACAUAUGCUUUCCACGCAUAUCAUAACAACACUCACAUCGCCACCGAUGAUAUCAAGAACCAUCCAUAUGGCGCUAACCGUCCACCGUACAGCUUUGUAGCCCUUAUCAUCAUGGCUAUCCGGUCACAUCACAAUCAGAAAGCGACACUGAAAGACAUAUAUGGGUACAUUAAGUCAACUUUCCCGUAUUAUCGAGACAAAAACCCGAGUUGGAAGAACUCGAUUCGUCACAACCUAUCGAUGAACAACUGUUUCGUAAAGAUUGACCGUAGUAUCCAUGAUCAGACCCACGGACAUUUCUGGGGACUCAGCGCCGGGUGGGAAGAAAUGUUCACUGAGGGAAACUAUCGCCGCCGUGUUCGAGGCUAUAGGAGAUCAGACAGUCGCUCGUCAAGUUCAUCAUCAUCAAACUUCGCGGACGAUACCAAAGAGAGAUGCAGUGACCAUGAAUUUCUCCCACCUUCCCGAAAUCUGGUUACUCCUAUAAAGACGGUGCAAAACGGUCUCGAGGUGAUCAUCAACAGAUACAACCCUGCUUCGAGGACUGACAAACCAAAACAGGUCUGCAGAGACUUCAGUAUGGCAAGUAUAUUGAGCUGCUCACCAAAAAAAACAGACCACUUCAUCAAAGAAAACGUGUCAAGAAUGAAACGACAUCGAAGCGAAGACGUUUACCCUAAUACCUCCUUUAGUUCAUUUGGAAGACAAGACGUACUCAUCCCUGUAUCCUCUGGUCACAGCAGUCACAGCCAUUUCCAGCCAACAUGCAUAUCUCCACCUCGUCACAAAAGACAUCACAGUGAUAUCUUCCCGCUAGUCAGACCAGCAAGUUAUCGAGUGCCGUUACAUUACAUAGUCCCUACAAGCCAACAAACGUCUCUAACUACGUUGACAGGCAUUUCAAGAUUGGAGACUGCUGUUUAG